AUGGCUGAUCAAUAUGAUCGCAAGUAUGAGUCACCAGAAGGAACCGUUCUCAAUGGACUACCCCGAGUGAAGGCGAUAUACAUCCACCCUGUCAAGUCAUGUGGACCGGUCGAGGUUAGUCGCGCGUUACUUACCAAGUCUGGAUUUAUGUAUGAUCGAUCUUUCGCACUGGCAACUGAGAGCCCUCAAGCCGAUGCCCCUGGGACGUUGGAAUGGCGAUUCAUCAGCCAGCGCACAAAACCACAGAUGGCUCUCAUCGCGACGGAGCUAUGGCUGCCAUCCAAGGAAAGCAACCCGAAUGACACCUUAGUUCAAUCGGGUGGAUGUGUUGUCUUGACAUUCCCGGACCCAGACACGCCGAACUGGACCACUCGCCUUGAGGCCUUUUUCCAUACAUGGAGCCUCUCAACUGCGCCCCAAGUGUCCUGUGUGAUUCCUCUUCAUAUUACAGCCACUCAAAUGGAUCGCCUCAAUAUGAAGAUGAAGACAUUCCGCAUACAUUCGCGCGACGCAAAGGGCCUGAACAUGGGAGAAGUUCCAUCGAUUGCAAAUGUCUUGCCGAAAUUGAAGAAGUUUCUGCGACUUUCCGAGAACUCAAGCAUUACAAUCUUGAGGUGCACUCCUGAUACCCUCGUGCAUACCGAUAAAAACCUCGCGCCACUUCAAUAUAUCGGUUCACCAGCCGUGCACGGCUACACAGACCAGCAACCUAUCAACAUUAACACAUUGUCUUCCGUGCAUGCUGUGUCAGCACUUCUUCCCCAAGAGAACCAACCAAUGAAUGCACUUCGCUUCCGCGCAAACCUAUGGAUUACAAACACUCCUGCCUAUGAAGAAGAAAAUUGGAAGCGUUACCGUAUCCUGCCAAAAUAUGCUCGGCUUGAUUCCAGUGAGAAACUACGCGCCAGUGUGGCUCCAGUAAUUUCUGUUGUUUGUCGCACAUCUCGAUGCACUAUGCCGAAUGUCAACACCGACACUGGAAAAUUUGACACCGAUAUUCCUCCCCGGAGAGAAAGAAAGGCAAACCUCAGCCAAGCACAACUUUAG